UUAAAAUAGUAAUUGAUGAGUGAUUGUGAAGACAUCAACGUGUGCCUCAAAUCGCCAGAUGGCAAAAAAUUUAUGAUGGGAGUUGAUCCUUAUCUAACAAUUGAUGAAUUCCAAAAAGAAGUAGAGGAAAUUUCAGGAGUAAAGACAAACUUAUGGAAUCUUAGUUAUAAAGGUAAGAGUUUCAAAGAUGGAAAUGUAACUUUGCAAGAUGCUGGAUUCAUUGAUUGUUGUACUGUACAAAUGAAUACAAAAGUUAUAGGAGGUAUUAUUCAUACACUGCUCAAUCUUUCUUAUUUCUCAAAAAUUGAUGUUAAAGAGAAUCAGUGUAAUUUAUCAGAGAAGCUAGACUUGGGAAUGCUCUUGACAAAGCUAGCAUUUAUGAAAAAUUAGAGAGACUUACAAUGAUGCUGAGUUUAGCUACAUGUUCUGGAUAUUUCUUCAGUAAUACCAUAUAGUCUUGGUCUAAAAUUAUUC